AUGUCCUCAACAGACCCAACCCCCGCCCGCACCCCUCGGCUUGAACAAGCCAUCACCAACCCGGGAUCCGUGAAGAUCAACGUCAAGGGCGCCUUCAUAGUUGACGAUGACCCACGUUCAAAGAGUCCUGUGCGAACCGACGGCGUGCAUUACGAAGGCCAUGAUAUUCGUUUACCUCACCACACAGGCGUGGUAAGCCAUGUCGCUGUCGAUAUCGGCGGUUCCCUUGCGAAGCUGGUUUACUUCACGCGCGAGCCAGAUUCACCUGAUAACGGCGGACGGCUCAAUUUCAUCAACUUCGAGACCGGUCGGAUAGAUCUCUGCCUUGAAUUCAUCAAACAACUAAAGGAGGAACACCAAGGGCUCAACGAGGGCAUCAAAGAUGAGCUGUGCGUUGUGGCUACUGGUGGAGGAGCAUACAAAUAUUACGAUAAGCUUAAAGAAACGUUAAACGUGGACAUUAUGCGGGAAGACGAGAUGGAAUGCCUCAUUACAGGCCUUGAUUUUUUUAUCACCGAGAUACCGAACGAAAUAUUUACCUACAGCGAAACCGAACCGAUGCAAUUUGCCGAGGCCCGACCGGAUGUUUACCCGUACCUCUUGGUGAACAUCGGAUCUGGUGUGUCGAUGAUCAAAGUAUCGGGGCCCAAACAAUUUCAGCGAGUUGGUGGUACACAUCUGGGUGGUGGAACGUUCUGGGGCAUCAUGUCAAUGUUGACCGGUGCCCGGACUUUCGAUGAUAUGCUAGCAAUGGCGGACCGCGGGGACAACAGUGGCGUGGACAUGCUAGUUGGUGACAUCUAUGGCAUGGACUAUGGAAAGAUUGGCUUGAAGAGUACGGCGAUUGCUAGUACAUUUGGCAAGGUCUUCCGCCUCAAAAAUGCCGAGCAGCACAAGUCUGAUGACCACACACAACAAAACGGCUCCGACCAUGCUAAUGGCGACCCGAUGUUCAAACACGAAGACAUGAGCCGAAGCCUACUCUAUGCCAUCAGUAACAAUAUUGGGCAAAUCGCUUACUUGCAGUCCGAAAAACACCAAGUCAAACACAUCUACUUCGGUGGGUCAUUUAUUCGAGGACAUCGCCAAACCAUGAACACAUUGUCAUACGCAAUCCGUUUUUGGUCCAAGGGCGAGAAGCAAGCUUACUUUCUUCGCCAUGAGGGCUAUAUCGGCGCCGUCGGUGCGUUCCUCCGCCGGAAGCCAGUCAAUUGGGGUCGCAGAAGCAGCGUUGACGAGCACACGCUGGCUAAUGGUCUUUGA